AUGACAAACUCAGUAGAUACAGAGCCAAAGGGCCCUCCUCAUCCUCAUCCAUACGAUGACCCUCCUCUCUCCUGGUGGGAAAUCUUCAGAUGCUCUUUCCCUGCCUCGGGAGGUUUUCUCUUCGGUUAUGAUGCUGGGUAUAUUAACGGAUGUCUUGGAAUGGAUUAUUUCAAAUUGGCUUAUGGCGAACCCUCAACUGACCCUCUGGGUUUCCAGGGUUACAUGUAUCCCACCUGGGCCAAAUCUGUUAUAACUUCCCUACUUUCCGUCGGUACAUUCCUCGGUGCCCUAGUCUCCGGCUACUCCUCCGAUAGAUUCGGUCGUCGUAACACUAUUCUCAUCGGCUGCGUUAUCUACUGUGUCGGUGUCGUUCUCCAAGUCGCUCAUCCAUCUAUUGCUCUACUAUCCGCUGGUCGUACCAUCGCCGGUUUUGGCAUCGGUUUCGUAUCCGCCAAUAUCGUUGCUUUCCAAACUGAGAUCUGCUCUAAGAAGAUUCGAGGUCCCUGUAUUAGCGUGUAUCAAUUUGGUAUUACGAUAGGGUUACUCAUUGCCUCGGGAGUUAAUCAGGCUACCAAGCGAAUUCAAAGUAAUGCCUCCUUCCAGAUCCCUAUUGGUUUGCAAUUUGUCUUUGCGGCAGUCCUGUUUCUAGGUUUGUGGUUGAUGCUUCCUGAAUCCCCCAGAUGGUUUAUCUCCAAGGGGAGACAAGAGGAGGCUAAGCAUGCUUUGAGAAUCAUGCGUGGUCGUCACGAUUAUGAUCCGUAUUUGGAAAGAGAGUUUGAUGUUAUGGUAGAAAAGACGAGGGAAGAGAUGAAAAAUGCAAAGGGUGGAUGGAGAGAUCUUUUCACCGGAGGUUUUACUUGUGGAAGUAAUCUUUACAGAACUUUUAUCGGUACUAGCGUGCAAAUGAUGCAACAAUUAACCGGUGUUAAUUUCAUCUUCUACUAUGGUACUACAUAUUUCGCACAAGUCGGAUUAACGGGUGCUUUCCUCCUGUCUACUAUUACAAACGUCGUCAAUGUUCUCUCAACCCCAGUUUCCUUCUGGAGUAUCGAGCGAUUUGGUAGACGUCCACUCCUUAUCUACGGCGCCAUCUGCAUGGCAGUAAGUGAAUUCAUCAUCGCCAUCGUCGGCAGCGUCCUCUCGGAAAACAAAACCGCCCAAUGGGUUCUCUUCACCUUCGUCUGCGUGCACAUUUUCUUCUUCGCAAGUACCUGGGGUCCCACCGGCUGGGCCGUAUCAGGUGAAAUGUUCCCGCUCGCUCUCCGCGGUCGCGGAAUCGCUCUCAGCACCGCCUCAAACUGGCUUUGGAAUUUCGUAAUCGCAUUCGUAACGCCUUAUUUAGUGGGUGAAGAAAAUGCCAAUUUGGAAGCUAAGGUUUUCUAUAUCUUUGGAGGUACUUGUGCUAUUUCCGCCGUGUUUGCUUAUUUCUUUAUCUAUGAAACUAAGGGUCAGUCGUUGGAAUCGAUUGAUCGCAUGUGUGCGGAUCCGGUAGGCAAGGUUCCUAGAAAGAGUGCGGCGUGGGCGAAGAAGAGAAAGGAAGCGGGUUUGGAUGCGUCGGUUUCGAAUAAUGCGUGGUAUGAGCCUAGAGAAGAUUUGGAGGCUUUUAUGGAGAGGGAACAUGGAGCUGAGCAGGCUGCUGCUGGAGCUGAAACUGGAACUGGAGCUGGAGCGGAUGUUAAUGUUGAGGCUGCACCUCCACAGGUGAGGAAGAGAUUGGGUGAUUCGGAUGUUGGGAGUCCUGCUCCUUCGAAUCGUUCCAAAUAA